UUGGUUUUCUCGAGCGGUACCCCCAAGAAGAAAUGGAACCCUCGCAAUCAGGGACAAUCGCCAAAGUUUCUGUUAAACCACCUCCCUUUUGGAGAGCGAACCCAGAAAUUUGGUUCAAACAAAUGGAAUCACAAUUCUCACUAGCGGGAAUCACCAUGGAAGUAACGAAAUUCCAUCAUGUGGUUUCGGCACUCCAGCCCGAGGAGUUAGCAGUCGUAGCCGAUAUUAUUCUAAACCCCCCAGUGGACAAGCCGUACGAGGCUCUUAAAGCCCGUCUGUGCCGACAAUAUGCCGACAGUGAGGCGCAAAGGCUUAAAGACUUAAUUUCGGGAAUGCAGCUUGGGGACAAGAAGCCAUCCAGACUGCUGUUAGAAAUGCGUAGCAAGGCGUCAGCGCACAUAGGUGAUGACCUGCUAAAGUCGCUGUUCUUACAACGUUUACCAUCUAACGUCCAGCAGAUCCUGGCCAUCUCGAACGACAGCCUCGACAAACUGGCAGAGAUGGCGGAUGGUAUAAUAGCUGCAGCCGAUAGUCCCGUUUCCGUACAAGCAGUCUCUCAGGGAGACCAAACGCUACAGACGUUACUUUUAGAUAUCUCCUCCCGCCUGGAACGACUGGAAGGUAGGGAUAGAUCCCAAGCUAGAGAAAGAUCCACGAACCGCCGGAGACGAUCAAAGAGCCGCGAAGGGGCGCAGAAAGAAGGCCAAUGCUGGUACCACCAGCGAUUCAAAGAAAAAGCACUGAAAUGCACCAAACCCUGCAGUUUCCAACAGGGAAACUAGAAGGGCCGUCACUUGACGGUGCGGGUGGCGGCGCACUAGGAAUACACCGUUUAUAUCUAUAUGACCAAUCA